AGCAGAUGAGAAAGAAGAAAAGCGAGGGUACUAAGUGGGUAACACAGCAGUUUAUUGCCUCUCUCUCUUUCUCUCUCUAGCUCUCGUCUCAGAGUCCGACCGUGCGAAGCCGAGCGACCCUCGAAGAGCUCAACCAUGUUGCGGCAAGCUCCUCGCCUAUUGGCCAGAGCGACCUCCAUGGUGAGGGCUCGGGCCUUCUCGUCUGCAGAUGUACCGGCGAGUCCAACCGUGGAUUCAUCGUUCGUAGAGGCAUGGAAGAAGGUGAUCCCAAACAUUGACCCACCUAAGACUCCCCUCGCUUUCAUGAAGCCCAGACCCACCACGCCUUCCUCGAUCCCUUCCAAGCUCACAGUCAACUUCGUUCUUCCUUACCAAUCCGAGCUCGCUGGCAAGGAGGUUGAUAUGGUCAUAAUCCCAGCAACAACCGGGCAGAUGGGUGUUCUACCCGGACAUGUGGCAACUAUUGCAGAGCUGAAGCCAGGUGUCAUGUCCGUGCAUGAAGGGAAUGAUGUCACCAAGUACUUCAUCAGUAGUGGCUUUGCGUUCAUUCAUGCUAACUCCUAUGCAGACAUUAUUGCUGUUGAGGCAGUACCAAUUGAUCUCAUUGACCCAAACCUUGUCCAGAAGGGGCUUGCAGAGUUCACCCAGAAGCUCAGUACAGCCAAUACUGAAUUGGAGAAGGCUGAAGCUCAAAUUGGAGUAGAUGUCCACAGUGCUCUCAAUGCGGCCCUCACAGGCUAGUGUUCUUGAUCAAGAAAAGUAUAGUUUUUUUUUUUUCUUUUAUCUUUCUUUGGAUUGCAUGCAGGGAUGAUGUAUUCUCCUUUCUAGAUUUUGCCAUGAUUUGGAGAACAUUGAAUAAAUAUUUAGAAACAAGGAACUCUGGAAAGGUUUCUUUUCCUCUUUCCCCUUGUAUUUUCUUUUUAGAGAUGCAUCUUACCAUGGGGGAGAUUGUAAGUUGUUCACUUUUUACGCGUUGAUUAUGACUUCAAAAGAUUCUAAACUUCCUGGA